CCGUGCCCUUGGACCUUUUUUAGGGGAGGGCUGUGCUGCCCCGGGGUGGCGGGCGGCCAAGCCGCGCUGCGGGAGCGCGGACCCGGCGGGGCCCGAUGGCAGCGAGUCCAUGUGCUCUGUAGAGAAAGGGGGAUUCCCCCGUGCGCUCCAAAACCGGAGCAAAAAAAAUCCCAGUAGCAAAAGCAGCAGCAGCGAGGAAAAUAAGCGGAGGGCAGAGAGAUAAGAGAAGACGGAGGAGAUGGUGAGCGGAUCGCUGGGUCGGGAAGAAUGAAUGAGCUUGCCGGGCUAUUUUCGGGGUAUCCAUAACUGAGUUGUGCUUUAUGAACAAGGAAAGGAGCCUAACAACUCGCCUGAAAGGGUGAGUUAUCAUCAAACCAGGGGAGAAUUUCCAUCUUAAAGCCACUGCAAGAAAGGAACACUAUAAAAGCUGGUUCUGCUUCAGGCUGCUCUCCUGCUUUCUCUGUCCUGUUCUAGGCUUAGUGGGGGAUGUCCCAGCAGCUCUAACCCUCAGGCCCUGGUACCUCUCUAGUUGACAGGCAGGAGCGUUUGCCAGCAGUCAUGGAUGACUAUGAUAUCAGGUCAGCUGCCAGCAUUCUGGCCUCAGUUAAGGAGCAGGAGGCCCGUUUCGAGCGGCUCACCCGCGCGCUGGAGGAGGAGCGGCGCAACGUGUCCCUGCAGCUGGAGCGCGCCAGCCAGAGCCAGCCCACGGACAGGCUGAGCAUCUGCAACAUUGGCAACGGGCAGCCCCUGGCCACCGCCUGGCAGCAGCUCGUCCUGCAGAUGAAGGACCUAGCUUGUACUUCUGACUCCCCUGUGCAUGAACAAAGCCCCAGUAACCAGACCUCGAUAGCAAUGAUGCAAGAGCCUCAAGAAAUGGUGGAAGAGACAGUUACUGUGGAGGAAGACCCAGGCACUCCCACCUCCCACGUGUCUAUUGUCACUUCAGAGGAUGGAACCACAAGGAGAACAGAAACCAAGGUCACCAAAAUGGUCAAGACGGUCACCACCAGGACGGUGCGCCAGGUGCCGCUGGGCCCGGACGGGCUGCCCGCCAUGGACGGCUCGUCGCCCAUGGGCAGCUACACGGACUCCAUCGACAGGAGGUACCUCAAGAACGGCGAGCGCUACAUCACCCCCCAGGCCUCCUCCACGCUCACCAGGUCCUACAACAGCUACAACGACUCCUACCCCGAGAGCCACGAGGGCCAGUACCGCCCGUACCUCGGCCACGACGGCUACGGGGACCUCUCCGACAGCUACGGCAGCUUGUCCCGCGGCGUCGGCUACCGGCCCCGCUACGCCUACGUGCCGGGGAGCGCCUACCGGCCCGACGAUGGCAGCUUCACUUUGCCGAGCAGGAGGGACAACUACGGUCCCGUGGCCCAGCCUCAGGUGCCCGUGGGCAGCAGCGCUGACCUGAACCGCUCCCAGCCCGAGCGCUUCCAGCCGGAGCCCUACGGACUGGAGGACGACAACCGCAGCCUGGGAGUGGAUGAUGAAGGCUAUGAACUGGAUCCUGAUUACUCCACUGUGAACAGGAGGACGUCUGCAGGUGUGCCAGAGAGAGGGAGACCUCACAAAGGAAGGGGCUACGAGGACCCCAUGGAGCCGGAGAUGGUGGAGGAGAGGAUCCCGUACCUGCACGGCGGCUACGCGGCGCCGCUGGCCCAGCCCGAGCGGGGCAGCAUGGCCAGCAUCGACCGCCUGGGCAAGCGCUCCCCCUCCAUCGACAGCAUCCGCAAGGACCCCCGCUGGAGGGACCCCGACCUGCCCGAGGUCAUCGCCAUGCUCAGCCACCCCAUCGACCCCGUCAAGUCCAACGCCGCGGCCUACCUGCAGCACCUGUGCUACGAGAACGACAAGAUCAAGAAGGACGUCAGGCACCUCAAGGGGAUCCCCAUCCUGGUGGGCCUGCUGGACCAUCCCAAGCCUGAGGUGCACCGCAAGGCCUGCGGGGCUCUCCGGAACAUCUCCUACGGGAAGGACAACGAGAACAAAGUGGCCAUAAAGAACUGUGAUGGGAUCCCCGCACUGAUCAGACUGCUGCGAAAAACAAACGACAUGGAAGUCAGAGAGCUAAUUACAGGCACCCUGUGGAACUUGUCCUCCUACGAGCCCCUGAAGAUGGUCAUCAUCAACCACGGGCUGCAGACGCUGACCAACGAGGUGAUCAUCCCCCACUCGGGCUGGGAGAGCGAGCCCAACGAGGACUCGAAGCCGCGCGACGCCGAGUGGACGACUGUGUUCAAGAACACCUCGGGCUGCUUACGGAAUGUCAGUUCAGAUGGAGCAGAAGCACGCAGAAGACUGAGGGAGUGUGAUGGCUUGGUGGAUGCCCUCCUUCACGCUUUGCAGUCUGCGGUUGGCAAGAAGGAUACAGACAAUAAGUCUGUGGAGAACUGUGUGUGCAUCAUGAGGAACCUUUCCUAUCACGUCCACAAAGAGGUCCCCGGAGCUGAUAAGUACCAAGAACUAGAUGCGGGUCAGACCACGGGCACAGGAGGCUCUCAGAAGAAGAAGAAAGAUGAUGCUGGUUGUUUUGGUGGAAAAAAAGCUAAAGAGGAGUGGUUCAAUCAAGGAAAGAAGAAUGGAGAUUUGGACAGGAAUUUUGAUACACUUGAUUUGCCUAAGCGGUCUGAAGCAGCAAAAGGCUUUGAGUUACUGUACCAGCCAGAUGUGGUCCGACUGUACCUCUCCAUCCUCACUGAAAGUCAGAACUUCAACACUCUGGAAGCUGCAGCAGGAGCUUUGCAGAAUCUCAGUGCUGGCAACUGGACGUGGUCCACCUACAUCCGUGCCACGGUGCGCAAGGAGCGGGGGCUGCCCGUGCUGGUGGAGCUGCUCCAGUCCGACUCGGACAAGGUGGUGAGGGCCGUGUCCAUCGCCCUGAGGAACCUGUCCAUGGACCGGCGCAACAAAGAUCUCAUAGGUAGUUAUGCCAUGGGUGAGCUGGUAAGAAAUUUGCCCAGCAGGCAGCAGAGAUCUGCAAAGAACCUGGAGGAGGAUACAGUGGUUGCAGUGUUGAACACCAUCCACGAAAUCAUUACUGACAGCUCCGAAAACGCGCGCUCUCUGAUCCAGACCCAGGGCAUUCAGAAGCUGGUGGCCAUCAGCAAGUCCAGCAGCCAAUCUCCCAGAGAAACAAAAGCAGCAUCUCACAUUCUUCAGAUGAUCUGGAGCUAUAAAGAGCUACGAAAUGCCCUUCAGAAGGAUGGGUGGAACAAGUCCCACUUCCAGUCCGUGUCGGCGGCUCCGAAGGGCUCCAAGGGUCCUGCUGGCAGGUCUGGCUAUGAUGACAGCACCCUGCCUCUGGUGGAGAAGAGUCAAGAUAAUGAGAAGUCUGGGAGCCGUGAUAUGAUACCUAUGGAUGAGCUCGGCCCAGAUGGAUACUCCACCAUCGACCACCGCGACAAGGAGCGCAAGUACAAGAGCAGCGACCCCUCGGGCGAUGCCUCGGAGAAGGAACCUUUAAAAAAUGACACAAAUAGGAAAAACAUUAACAGGAGUAACAGGGCUUCGGUGAAUCUGGUGGAUGCCCGUGACAUUAAACCCCAGCCUGUUGACUCCUGGGUCUAAUUUGCAUGCAUGGGCUAAAGUCCAACCACAUUUUUUUUAAUUGAGGGGGAGAAGCAAACAUUGAAUCGACACAGAGGAUCUCAUCAGUCACCACUGCCAUUCAGACUCGAGGCCGCUGCAUCACUGACAGGCUGCAGGUUCUGCAGGUCCCAGGAGGGUGUGGGGAGAACCCUGCCACGGCCCCGGAGCCCCUGGAGCACCCAGAGCACCCUGCCUUACAGCCACAGCCUGCUUUGAACUCGGUUACACCCCACCAGGACAGCCACCACCUCCCCCUCCCUCCUCCUGCUCCUGCAAGAAGAAAGCAAGAGCAGAGAACCCAAGUCCCUGUCACUGCAGCCCCGGGUGACUCUGGCGUGGGGACGGUGCCACAGUGAGAGAGGAGCUGGGGACACUGGAGCUGCCACUGCAGGGGCACCGUGAGGAUGACAGCACUUCCCUGGCUUGGGGCUCCUUGGUUUGGGUUUUUUUGUUUUGGGGGAUUUCUUUUGAACUGUGACUCUUAACAUUUUUGAAGGCUUUUUGAAAAAUGUUCAGGUUUUCUUUAUUAUUUCCACAGAAAGUGCAGGAAUGUUGAGUGGGUUUAUUGGAUUUCAGUGAAGGGAGAAAACGCAGAACAAAACCUAUUAAACGGUAGUCAAAUGAACUGGAGAGUGGAUGACAGAAUUGAUGCAAGCUGUAUAAUCUGCUUUUAGAGUAAGCUAUAUCAAUCACAGUGCUAUAUUGUCAUUAUAAUCUGGUGUACAAUACUUCUGCCUUUUGAAUUCUGUAAUGUCUCUGUUUUUAUUUCCACAUAUUGAAAAGCAGUUUGUAGAAGGUUUCAGUGUCCCUGGUUCAGAAAUCUGUGCUGAGAAAUGGAGUUGCCUGGCUUUUUAUUUUCAUAUUCUCAAAGAUUGCAAUAAGGAGCUUUUACAUGUUAAAUGUACCCCUGUUGCAUUGAUGGUGAUUAACAACUACUUCUGCCAUAGCUGUUACGGCAUUGGAAGAGAAAAAGAGCUUUUUUGUAGGAUGUUUUAUUUUGAAAACGCUAUAAAUUUUAGAUGGGUCUGUCACUUGGGUUUGAUGGUAAAUUUUUCACUGUUGGAUCCAUGUUUGCUUUGGGCUAUAGAUCCUCAUGAAAAAUGCCACAAAGGGAACUGGUUUGGCAUUUUUAAAAUCAUCAUCAUGAUUUCUGUGUUCCUUUGCUUUUGUUUUGGGAUUGCAUAUUUGAUUUGGCCUGAAAUGCCCCCGUGGGCAGCAGCUCCCCUCCCCUGCUCUGUGCAGGGGGACGGUCACCCCCAGGGAAGUGCUCUGUUUGUGGGGUCUGGAAAUGCCGUGAACUAAAUGACUUGAGAUCACCGAUUUUCUCCAGGCAUUGGUCAAGGGAGGGCAGCAGAUGAGAACAGGAAGCAAAUGUCUCACCAGUAGCACGAGAGGACUUUUGCUGAAUUUAUUUGGUUGCCACUGUUCUUUGAUUGCCACAUUUAGUUUUAAACGAGCUCCUAAAAACGGUGUGACUGGAAAGCACAUUUUUGAGUCCAGCAAACAUCAUUUGCGGUUUUCAGUGCCUGCCGUUUCUUUUGUAAUUAAAAGGGGAAAUAUCCAACAACCUCACCUCCCCCAAAAUAUUACUGUAAUAGUAAACAUCUACAUUUUUUUGUAAAAAAAAAGAUUUAAAAACUUUAAAAAAAAAAGCAAGUACCAAGAGCUUUGUAUCUUCUUGAGUAUAUUAAAAAUUUGACAUGAAUACAUAUAUAUAAAUAAAUAAAAAAGUCUAUAUAUCUAUAUAUAUAUAUAUUGUUGUGCAGAGGAUAGGUUAACAAAACCAUGUAAAGUAGUUUGCAGGAGAGGGAAGCAUUUGUUGAUUCAGGGAAAAAGACUGAUGCCAGAAGCUGUCAGUGAUUUGGAUGACACGUGUGCUCCUUCGCACCCUCCCUUUCUGAGCCUCAUCUGCCCCGUGCAUUGCAGUGGUCACUCCUGGAUGCUGGGGAAGGUGAAGUUGCUUGGAGCAAAUCAAGAGAGCAAAGUCUGUAUUUUCACCUGCACGAGAGUCCUGCUGGGCCAGAGCUGCCCAGCGGCGGAGGGGCAGCAGAGGGAGGGGCUGUGGCUGUGUCAGGCAGUGUCUGUGACUGUCUGUGACUGUCUGUGUCAGGCAGUGUCUGUGUCAGGCAGUGUCUGUGACUGUCUGUGUCAGGCAGUGUCUCUGUGCAGACAUGAGUGUGGCAGUGAGACCAGAUCCAUCGUCUGACUGUACAUUCUAUCAAUGGUGCUCUUUUCAUACUUGUUCUGCCAAUACGCGGAGACCCUUUUAACCAAGCUACACAGAAGAGUUUUAUAUCACUUUUGGUUAUGUACUUGGUGUAUUCUUUUUGUAUAUGAAAGGAUUUUUUUAAAAACGUUCAGUAAUUAGCAAUGGAGCCUGCUUUGUAGCUGAUUAGAACAGUGUAAGAGAAGGGCCGUGCUGUCAGUCUGUCCCUGAUCUACUUCAAACCAUAUAUUUACCAAAGGAGUCUGAGCAAAAGUUCACUUCAAAUAAAGACCUGACUGUUGAAAGGA